AAGAGUCAAGUCGUGAAGGUCAACACAUUAACAGGUUUUGAAGAUAUUUUAAUCCAUAUCAACCAAUCCAAAAAUUUUCCCUUGUGUUGCCCUGGUGUAACCACCAAAGAAAAGCAACGAAAUAUCAGUAUAAAUCCUAGAAUUAAACUCACAAUAUCACAAUAACCCACCCCAUAGACCAAAUGACAACUCUUGCAUCACCAGCCAUGUGUUCUUUAACCCCAAUCAUCCUCUCUUUACUCUGCUUCACUUCUUUCUUCACACCCAUUUUAGUAAUCGCUCAGCCAGAUUUUCAACUUUAUAUUUGCGUCCAAGAUCAAGGUAACUUCACCACUAACAGUACGUACAAAGCGAAUUUAGAUCAUAUCCUCUCCGAUCUCACCACCCACGACCAAACUAACAACGACUUUGCCGGUUUUUACAACUUUUCUUAUGGCCUUACCCACACAGCCAAUGUAAUUGGGCUUUGCAGAGGAGACCUUAUGCCAGAUGCUUGCACCAGAUGCCUCAACAACUCUAGAACUCUUCUCCCUUCUCUUUGUCCCAACUACUACGAAGCCAUUGGAUGGUACGAUGAGUGUAUGCUUCGCUAUUCCAACCGCUCGAUUUUUAACAAAAUGGAGACUUUCCCUAGUUUCUAUGCUUGGAAUCCCAGCAAUGCUUCUGAUCCUAAUCGCUUCAUCCAAGUGUCGAGAACUUUGGUCCAACAACUCACUACCAACGCUACUUCGGGUGAUUCUCGUCAAAAGUUCGCCACUGGAAUCUCUACUAUCCCCAACUUUCCAACAAUUUAUGGGGCUGUGCAAUGCACUCCUGAUUUGUCUGCUGAAGAUUGCAGUAUGUGCUUGCUUGGAGCUCUUGACGAUAUUCGGAGCUGCUGUUAUGGGAAAGCAGGGGGUAGAGUUCAGACACCCAGUUGUAAUUUUAGAUUUGAGAGUUAUCUUUUUUAUCAGCUACCCUCUGUUGCUUCAUCGCCUUCUCCGCACAUAGCGCCAUCUCCUAGUCAAUCUAAUUCAAAUACACCUCCAAAACCAUCUCGAACACUCGUUAUGGUGGUUGUGCCGAUUAUUGUGGGUGUUGUAGUUGCUGUGGUGAUAUUAACCUUCAGUAUCUAUAUCUUCAUGAAGAAAACAAAGGAAAGAAAGGCAACAAAUCAUGCAGCUGCGUCAAGUAUGACGCCAGAGGAUGGAGAUACAGAUGAAGGGUCCUCCCAAUUUGAUUUUGACACUAUUAAAACGGCAACAGAUGGUUUCUCUGAAGCAAAUAAACUUGGGGAAGGUGGUUUUGGAGUGGUUUACAAGGGUCGACUUCCCAAUGGAGAAACUAUUGCUGUCAAACGACUCUCUCGAGCUUCGAGUCAAGGAGAUAACGAGUUCAAAAAUGAAAUCUUAUUAGUUGCUAAACUUCAACAUCGAAACUUAGUUCAGCUACUGGGUUUUUGCAUCAGAGGAAAUGAAAAGGUUCUCAUUUACGAGUUUGUAGAGAACUCCAGUCUCGAGAAAUUCCUCUUUAGUCCCAAAAAAUGUGUGAGUUUAGAUUGGAUAACUCGUUACAAGAUUAUAGGUGGAAUAACUCGAGGACUUGUUUACCUUCAUGAAGAGUCUCAACUCAGGAUCAUACACAGAGAUCUCAAAGCUAGUAAUAUCUUACUAGAUGCAGAUAUGAAUGCUAAGAUUUCUGAUUUUGGCACUGCAAGAUUAUUUUUACAUGAUCAAACACGAGGAGAUACAAGAAAGGUGGUUGGCACUUAUGGAUACAUGGCUCCUGAAUAUGUCCACAAGGGUCAUUUCUCAACCAAAUCAGAUGUCUUUAGCUUUGGCGUUUUAGUUUUGGAGAUUGUAACCGGACUAAAAAACAAUCAAGUUCAUCUGUUUGACAACGAGAUUGUAGGCCUUGUAGGAUACGUUUGGAGAAAUUGGCAAAAUGGAACCACUCAAAAUAUCAUAGACCCCACUUUGACAAAUUGUUCAAAGACAGAAAUGGUUAGAUGCAUUCAUAUAGGAUUGCUGUGCGUUCAAGAAAAAGUAGCUAAGAGGCCAACCAUGAGUACCAUACUUCUCAUGCUUAACCGCUACUCUUUCAUUCUUCCAAGGCCUUCUCAACCUGCUUUCCUUUUAACUAGCAUCAACUCUCAUACGUCUGAACAAUUAAAUCACAGCUCCACUGAUCAAGAACGAAAUGACAUGUCAACUACAGAUCUUUAUCCUCGAUACUCAAUGCUGAUCAUCCUCUGUUUCGCUUUAUUCCUCCGCCAAGCAAUCGCUCAGCCUGAUUUUCAAAUAUACGAUUGCGUCCAAAACCAAGGCAAUUUCACCACCAACUCAACCUACAAAGCUAAUCUCAAUCACCUCCUCUCUACCUUCACCACCCAUCACCAAAUUAACUAUGGCUUUUACAACUUCUCUUAUGGCCUUCAAAACAAAGCCAAUGUGAUUGGGCUAUGCAGAGGAGACCUCACGCUGCUCGCUUGCACCACCUGCCUAAACAACUCUAGAACUCUUCUCCCACUGCUCUGUCCCAACCAUACAGAAGCCAUCGGAUGGUACGACGAAUGUAUGCUCCGUUACUCAAACCGCUCCAUAUUCGCCUCCAUGGAGACUUCCCCUGCUUUCCGUGCUUGGAAUCCCAACAAUGCUUCCGACCCACAUCGAUUCUUCCAGUUCGCUACAACUCUGCUCCAACAACUCACUCAAGAAGCUGCGUUCGGCGAUUCUCGUUUAAAGUUCGCUACUGGAGUCACAUCCAUUCCAAGUUUCCCAACCAUCUAUGGAGCUGUGCAGUGUACACCGGAUUUGUCUCCGCAAAAUUGCACCACUUGCUUGCUUGGUGCUAUUCAACGAAUUCGAUUAUGUUGCGAUGGGAAAGCAGGAGGUAGAAUUGGGAGACCCAGUUGUAAUAUUCGGUUCGAGAGCUACCUCUUUUAUAAGCAAUCCUCUGUUUCUUUAGCCCCAUCUCCAAAUCCGUCACUACCACCAUCUCCUCCUCCUCAACGAAAAGCAUCUUGGAGAGUGGCCGUCAUAGUUGUGUCCGUCGUCGUUUGCGCUGUCAUAAUAACGGUCACAAUCUGUAUUUUCUUAACCAAAAGAAAGCGAAGAAACCCAGCAACUCAAGUACCUUCAAGGAUGGCACUUGAGGAUGAAGAAACCGUAAUUGAAUCUUGGCAAUUUGAUUUUGACACGAUUAAAAUUGCAACAAAUGGAUUCUCUGAAGAAAAUAAACUUGGGGAAGGCGGUUUUGGGGUGGUUUAUAAGGGUCGACUUCCCAAUGGAGAAACUAUUGCUGUCAAACGACUCUCUCGAGCUUCAAGUCAAGGAGAUAAUGAGUUCAAGAAUGAAAUCUUAUUGGUGGCUAAACUUCAACAUCGAAAUUUAGUUCAGCUAUUGGGUUUCUGCUUCAAAGAAAAUGAAAAGAUUCUCAUUUACGAGUUUGUAGAGAAUUCUAGUCUCGAGAAAUUCCUGUUUAAUCCUAAAACACGAGUGAGUUUAGAUUGGAAAGCUCGCUACAAGAUUUUACAUGGAAUAACUCGAGGACUUGUUUACCUUCACGAAGAGUCUCAACUCAGAAUUAUACAUAGAGAUCUCAAAGCUAGUAAUAUUUUACUAGAUGCAGAUAUGAAUGCUAAGAUUUCAGAUUUUGGUACUGCAAGAUUAUUUUUACAUGAUCAAAUACAAGGAAAUACAAGAAGAGUAGUUGGGACUUAUGGAUACAUGGCUCCCGAAUAUGUUCACAAGGGUCAUUUCUCAAUCAAAUCAGAUGUCUUUAGCUUUGGUGUUUUAGUUUUGGAGAUUGUGACAGGAAUAAAAAAUAAUCAAGUUCAUUUGUACAACGAGAUUGUAGGUCUUGUAGACUAUGCUUGGAGAAAUUGGCAGAAUGGAACUACUCAAAAUAUCAUAGAUCCUACCUUGAGAAGUGGUUCAAAGAUGGAAAUGGUUAGAUGCAUUCACAUAGGGUUGCUAUGUGUUCAAGAAAAGGUAGCUAUGCGGCCAAACAUGGGUACCGUACUUCUGAUGCUUAACAGCUACUCUAUUACCCUUCCAAGACCUUCUCAACCUGCUUUCAUUUUGAGUACCAUCAACUCUCAAAUCUCUGAACACUCUAACCACAACUCUACUCAAGAACUAAAUGAUAUGUCAAUUACGGAGCUUUACCCUCGUUAGCUUAUGUAUAUAAAUACACACACACAUACAUGUUCUCAUCAAAUCUUAAUUUAUAAUUUGUAUCGAAGUUAACCUUUUCUUUUCAAAUGAAUAGAACCUUGAUAUUAUUCAA